AUGCCUCAUCUACCUGUGAUAGGAGGAUUGUUUAACUCUGCUGCACAGGCGAAUUGUAAUGGAAACUCAGCGCAACAAGUGGGAGGAAAUCUCAACUCUGCUGCUGAGGUGAACAAAAACGUAAACUCAGCUGAACAAGCGAAUGCUGUAAAAGACGUCAAGUCAAAAGUAAAGUACGAUGGAUCUCAUCCUGAAUUGGCUGCUAGGCUUGAAAAGGAAAUAUUGGACACAAAUCCAGGGGUAAAAUGGGAUGAUGUUGCUGGACUAAGUGACGCAAAGAGGAUUCUACAGGAAACAGUGGUACUCCCACUGUUUAUGCCUGAGUAUUUCCAGCGAAUCAGGAGACCUUGGAGAGGAGUUCUUAUGUUUGGUCCUCCUGGCACAGGGAAAACACUCUUGGCCAAAGCUGUUGCUACAGAGUGUGGGAUGACAUUUAUGAAUAUUUCCUGUAGUUCAUUGUUUGGAAAUUGGUAUGGAGAGAGUGAACGGUUGACUAGGUGUUUAUUUGAGCUUGCCCGUGCUCAUGCACCAACUAUGAAUUUCAUUGAUGAUAUUGAUUCUCUUUGCAGUGUCAGAGGGUCUGCUACAGAGCAUGAAACAUCCCGAAGGUUAAAGUCUGAACUUUUAGUUCAGAUCGAUGGAUUAAAUAACUCUAAUAGUACAUCAGGUAAAAUGGUGACACUUUUGGCAGCAACAAAUUUCCCUGGGAAUCUUGACGAGGCACUAAGGAGGCGGCUAGAAAAGCGUAUUUACAUCCCACUUCCUUAUUUUGAGACCCGUAAGGAGCUUAUACAGAUAAACUUAAAAUCAAUCGAGUUGGCUCCUGAGGUGGAUAUUGAGCAAGUGGCACAAAAAACAGAAGGCUACAGUGGAGAUGAUCUAACAAACAUCUGCAGAGAUGCUUCCUUGAAUGGCAUGAGGCAGAAGAUAGCUGGGAAAACCAUACACGAGAUCAAGAACAUAUUGAAAUCAGAAAUGCUGAAAAUUCCAGUUACAAUGGAAGACUUCCUAGAAGCUGUCGAUAAAAUAAAGCCCACAGUUUCUUCAGGGGACAUUCAACGACAUGAGAAAUGGUACUCAGAGUUUGGAUCAUCAUAGUAAAUGAAAGUUCAAAAGUGCUGCUUUUUUUGUAAGAAAUCAAAUUGAUCGUUGUGGACAAGCAUCAUUGUUGUAGCGUCAGAUAUUUUAGGAAUUAUUUUCGAUAGAUGAUCCAAUGUUGAUGAUACUACUACUGCUAUAUGGGCUCUUCCAUGGCAAAUUUCAAUCGAUAUAUAGCUCAAAUCUUCAAAAUGGUUUCAAAAUUUUAGAGAUGAUAUU